AUGGAGUUUGAGCAGCUAUAUCCACACUCGGGAUGGAUUGAACACGAUCCAUAUGAGCUGGUAAAUUCAGUAAAAACGUGCAUUGAGCGAGCCACCGAGGAGUUUGUUGCAGAUGGUUAUGUAGUGGAAGAUAUCAAAGCUAUUGGCGUCACUAAUCAGCGUGAAACAACGGUUGUCUGGGAUACUGAAUCAGGAAAGCCGCUCUACAACGCUAUUGUUUGGCCUGAUACUCGAACAUCUAAACUUGUUCACGAAUUGCGCAAGAAAGAAGGUUCUGAAAAACUGCGAGAACUAUGCGGCCUUCCACUAUCUACUUAUCCUUCCAGUGUCAAGUUAGCAUGGAUGGUACGGCAUGUCCCGGCUGUCCAGGCCGCGCUGAAAGCCGGCCGUCUAUCGUUUGGAACAGUUGAUUCAUGGUUAUUGUAUAACUUGACUGGCGGAGUCAAGGUUGGACUACACGUCACAGAUCCUAGUAAUGCGUCACGAACCAUGUUUUGCAACAUCAAAACAUUAGAGUACGAUGAUUUCCUAAUAGACUUCUUCGGUGUCAGAGGUGUAAAUAUGCCUAAGAUUGUGCCAUCGUCGGAUCCUGAUGCGUAUGGGGUGCUUAGCGAUGGCAUUCUUAAGGGUAUAAAAAUAGCCGGAUGUCUUGGUGACCAGAGCGCUGCUCUGGUCGGGCAGUGUGGGUUCACCCCAGGGAUGGCGAAAAAUACCUAUGGUACCGGAUGCUUUCUUCUAUAUAACACUGGGAAUGAACCGGUUGUAUCGAGUAAUGGCCUCUUGACCACCGUUGCAUAUUCUUUUAAAGGCCACAAGCCAGUGUAUGCCUUAGAGGGUUCAAUUGCCGUUGCGGGGUCCGCCAUAAAGUUUUUGAGGGAUAACCUUGGGUUAAUCAAACAUUCGGGCGAGAUUGGCGAGUUGGCAUCCAAAGUCAAGGAUAGUGGUGGUGUUGUUUUUGUUACCGCAUUUUCCGGACUAUUUGCUCCGUAUUGGGUCGAUGAUGCCAGGGGUACCAUCUUCGGUAUCACGCAAUAUACCACGAAAGAGCAUAUCGCGAGAGCAACUAUUGAAGCAACUUGUUUCCAAACGAAAGCUAUUCUCCAUGCUAUGGAGAAAGACAGUGGUACAGCACUACACACGCUUGCUGUUGAUGGAGGCAUGAGUAAUUCCGAUGUGUGCAUGCAGCUACAAGCCGAUAUUAUGGGGAUUGACGUUGAUCGACCUCAAAUGCGUGAAACAACGGCUCUCGGUGCUGCAAUUGCGGCAGGAUUUGCGGUGAACGUAUGGCAAGAGUUCGAUGAACUUAAAAAUAUCAACCGGGAAGGCCGCAAAACAUUUACCCCUUCAACAACCGAAGAGCAAAGGAGCGGUUUAUUCUCACUUUGGGAGAAAGCUGUUAAGAAGGCCCAAGGUUGGGUAGACAACGACGCUUUAGACGCAGCCGAUGACGAAGAAGACGAACGGUGA